UGCGGGAGAGUUCAUGUGCAGCGCGGUCCCUGCGCUCUGCCCGAGACGUUCCGGGGCUCGGCGCUGCUCCGUGGCCGUGCGGGGAUGGGGAGCAGCGCCUGGGGCUGCUGGAAACGCCAGGACACAGAAAUAUCUGCGUCUCUGAGCAUCUCUGCAGGGAAAUAACGCCCCGAUCCCUGCCGGGGCUCUGACCCCCUUUGCCUGUGCCAAGGCUGUGCCAGUGUCCUUGUGCCCCCAGCCGCGGGGCUGUGGCUGCUGUCCCCUUGUCCCCGGGAGGGAUGUGGCGCUGUGUUUGCCCCUGCACCCCCUCCUCAGCCCGGAGAUGAUGUUUUCUCCCAGCCGAAGGUGCUGACGAGGCUGGGGGGAGCCCGGCCGAGCCCUUGCGAUCGCCGCCAGCCCUGUGCUGUCCCCUCGGUGCUCGCCGGUGUCACAGCCAGCCCGGGUGGCCUUUGGGGCUGUUCCGAGCAGCAGAGGGGCGCAGGGACUCCAUCAGCAGCGUGUCCCGGGGACCUGGACCAUGGUUCCGGAGGUGCAGGCAGCGUCUUCCCUCUGUCCAGCGCGCAGUGACGGGGAGCCCCGGCGGGGCAAUGCAUCCUGAAUGGGGCUGAGGCCCCCUGCCCGGGAAUAUGCAGCCUCGGCACCGCGGGGGCAGCACCGGGGCCGGAGCGCGGCGGGAUGGUGGCAACCUUCAAGAUCGCCGUGCUGGGAGCGCAGGGCGUGGGCAAGAGCGCCAUAGUCCGGCAGUUCCUGUACAACGAGUUCAGCGAGGUGUGCGUGCCCACCACGGCCCGCCGCGUCUACCUGCCCGCCGUGGUCAUGAACGGCCACGUGCACGACCUGCAGAUCAUGGACUUUCCCCCCAUCACCGCCUUCCCUGUCAACACCCUGCAGGAGUGGGCAGACGUGUGCUGCAGGGGGCUCCGGAGUGUCCAUGCCUACAUCCUGGUCUAUGACAUCUGCUGCUUUGACAGCUUCGAGUACAUCAAAACCAUCCGCCAGCAGAUCCUGGAAACGAGGGUCAUCGGCACCUCGGAGACGCCCAUCAUCAUCGUGGGCAACAAGCGGGACCUGCAGCGGGGCCGGGUCAUCCCGCGCUGGAACGUCUCCAACCUGGUGAAGAAGACGUGGAAGUGCGGCUACAUCGAGUGCUCGGCCAAGUACAACUGGCACAUCCUGCUGCUCUUCAGCGAGCUCCUCAAGAGCGUGGGCUGUGCCCGCUGCAAGCACGUCCACACCACCAUCCGCUUCCAGGGCGCGCUGCGCAGGAACCGCUGCACCAUCAUGUGAGGAGAGCCCUGCCAGGGGCACCCCAAACCCUGGGAUGGUUCUGCUGCACCAUCAUGUGAGCCCAGGAACCCCCCCAAAAUCGGGGAUGGUUCUGCUGCACCAUCCUGUGAGAUCCCUGUCCAGGGGCUGCCCAAAUUUGGGGAUGGUUCUGCUGCACCAUCCUGUGAGAUCCCUGUCCAGGGGCUGCCCAAAUUUGGGGAUGGUUCUGCUGCACCAUCCUGUGAGAUCCCUGUCCAGGGGCUGCCCAAAAUUAAGGAUGGUUCUGCUGCACCAUCAUGUGAGGAGACCCCUGCCAGGGACCCUCCCAAAAUCAGAGAUGGUUCUGCUGCACCAUCAUGUGAGCCCAGGAACCCCCCCAAAAUCGGGGAUGGUUCUGCUGCACCAUCAUGUGAGACCCCUGCCAGGGGCUGCCCAAAUUUGGGGGUGGUUCUGCUGCACCAUCAUGUGAGCCCAGGGAGCCCCCAAACCCAGGGAUGGUUCUGCUGCACCAUCCUGUGAGGAGACCCUUGCCCUGGGGCUGCCCAAAUUUGGGGGUGGUUCUGCUGCACCAUCCUGUGAGGAGACCCCUGCCCAGGGGCUGCCCAAACCCUGGGAUGGUUCUGCUGCACCAUCAUGCGAGCCCAGGGACCCCCUCAAAAUCGGGGAUGGUUCUGCUGCACCAUCCUGUGAGAUCCCUGUCCAGGGGCUGCCCAAAUUUGGGGGUGGUUCUGCUGCACCAUCCUGUGAGAUCCCUGUCCAGGGUCUGCCCAAAAUUAAGGAUGGUUCUGCUGCACCAUCAUGUGAGGAGACCCCUGCCAGGGACCCUCCCAAAAUCAGAGAUGGUUCUGCUGCACCAUCCUGUGAGACCCCUGCCCAGGGGCUGCCCAAAUUUGGGGGUGGUUCUGCUGCACCAUCAUGUGAGGAGACCCCUGCCCAGGGAGCCCCCAAAAUCGGGGAUGGUUCUGCUGCACCAUCCUGUGAGCCCAGGAAGCCCCCCAAAAUCGGGGGUGGUUCUGCUGCACCAUCCUGUGAGAUCCCUGUCCAGGGGCUGCCCAAAAUUAAGGAUGGUUCUGCUGCACCAUCAUGUGAGGAGACCCCUGCCAGGGACACCUCAAACUUGGGGAUGGUUCUGCUGCACCAUCCUGUGAGCCCUCUGCCCAGGGACCCCCAAACCCAGGGAUGGUUCUGCUCCCCGGGCAGAGGGAGCUGUGCUGGAGGCACCUCUGGGCUUGCUGAGGUGACAUUUGGGGACAGGGGGUGCAGGGGGACAGUGAGGGGUGAGGGAUGGCCCUGAGCUCUCUGCCAGCCUGCAGAGCUUGAGGCCAAAGCCAUCCCAGGGCGUUGUACACAGCACUGGAGGGUGGAGGAGGUGCCCAGAUUUUUGGCUGUCACUUCAUCCUUGCCAGUUCCUGCCCUGGCAGCACAGGGGCAGCUCCUGGUGCUGCCUCAUCACCUGCUCCUGGAAGGGAAUUAUCCAGCACCUGUAUCCCAGUGUUGUGGGGGUGGUCCUGUCCCUGGGGCACAGGGAAACAGGAGUUCUGCUUUUCCCCUUGUGGGAUUUCUCCCCAUGGAGGGCAGAGCAGCCAGGUUACAUGCGCUGUCUUUUGGUUUGGUCAGGUCAGAUCUCCAGGCGGAAUUUCUGGAUGAAAGCAAGAAAGGGGGGGACAAAAGAAGUCCUAAUCCUGCUCCUGACACCCCCAGGAGCUGGGUUCUGCCUUCCCAGGGCUCUGAGCCCCCCUGUGCCCCAGCACAGCCCCAGCACAGGAAGGCUGUGAGCACCAAAUAACCUGGGAACGCUCCUUGCGGGGCAGGUCACCCCUCUGCUACCUCUGCUCCUGGGCUCAGCAGGUGACCAGCUUUGCACCCCAGCCCCGGGGGUGUCCUGGGCAUGUGGGCAUCCCCCUGUGCCCCCUGUGCCCCCCUGUGCCCCCGGCAGUGCCACCGGGCUGGGUUUUCCCACAGGGAUGUUGCCUCGGCAGCAACAGGGAGCUGGAGCAGCACUUCCAGCUGAAUUCCUGCUUUGGUUUUUUUUGUUUUUUUUUUUUUUUUCUCUCUGCAUAUCCCUAAUAGCAAAGUGAGUCCCCCAUGUUUUAUUUUUUUAAUUGUUGGAUUAUUAUUUUUUAACCUUCUGGUUUGUGUUGGCACCAGAGCUGCAGCUCGCCUGCAUGCUGCCCUGCAGGGUGGGGCUGGCAAAGGGCAGCCCCUGCUAGGAAAUGGUGAUGGGGUGGUGGAGGCAGAGCAAGAGGCAGAGAGGGUCGUGGUUUCUCCAUGGCUGGUCCCUGUGAGACACAGGGAAACACCGUCCUCACCUGCUGAGGCAGGAUCUGAUCUGAUCCAUCCUCCAGCAAAUCCAUCCCCACGAUCCCUGCUGCCACAAGGAGCUGGAGGGGUUCAUCAGAGCAGGACACCCAUCCCCUCUGCCACCACAGCCAGGUGUCCAGCACUGCUCCACUGUGCUCUCGGAAUUGCUUCCCAUCAAAGGCAGCUCCAGCUGAGCUCCAGUGCCUCUGACCACCCCAUCCCUGUGCCCGGGCUGGGGGUGCAUCCUGCUCCUCCCUCCCUGCUUGGGGAAUCAAACCCCUCGCUCCAAAAUUUAAAACAAAAAAAGGGAAAAAAUUAGGAAAGGCAAUGGGGGGACACGAGUUCAUCUCAGCCAGAAAGGGCAGUGGCACUUGUCACCAUCCCUCGCCUUCAUGGCAAACCUGGCUCCCUGUCCAAGCUCAUCCUGACAGGAUUUAUUAACACAUCUGAGUCCACUUAUUGAUCUCUGGCUAGAGCUUUACCCCUCCAAAUUAUCUGAGAAGGAGAUUCCUUGGUAAAUGCUAAUAAUAAAGCAUUUCUAAAGUGCUCACACGUACACAUAUCAACGACUAAGCCAAUACAUUGUUUGUUAUAACCCUGUAGCCUGCAGUUUAUAGCACAAUUAGUUACAGGUUUUUAUAGCAUCUCUUUAGUAUUUUGAAGAAAAAAAAAGAAGAAAAAAAAAAGGUUAUAAAUAUAAUUGUUAUAUUCUAUUGUACUUUAUAGACAGAGGAAGUUAUAUUAGUAAUAACAACAACUCUCACUGCUUCUGCAGCAUUUCCCAGCUCCUGGAAGAACCAGGGCUACACAGAGCUCCUCUCCCCAGAGCCCAGGAAGGGGUGGGUGGUGCAGGCAGGGAGAUCCCGGCUGUCCAGGCACAGGGAUUGGAGCACGAGCACCCUGCGGCCCUACUCACACCUUACUACAGAUUUACCACUCACCCAACGCCCCCCAGCUCCUGCUGAGAGCAGCCCGGGCCUGGCACAAGCUGGGAUGUCCAUUGCUGUGCCAGCUCUGUGCCCUGUGCUCCUGGGGGUGAUGCUGGGUUCACCAAGGAUGCUCCCCUCUCCUCCUCCUCCUCCUGCCCCACUGAGCAUCCCAAGCCUGGACUUGGCUUCCCUUUCCCCCCUGGACUCCUUGUUGGAGAUUCCCGAGGUGUCUGCACCGCCUGUGACGCCCUGCACCUCCUUCUUUGAAAUUGAAUUAAAAAUCAGGUCUGUCCCCUUGUUCUG